ACACCAAACGAUACCUGAUGUACAUUGAAAACCCCGUCUUACACAUCAUAUGUCGAUGUGUAAUUGAUUUAUUCAACAUUUUUAAAUCGUUACCGCAAUAACUGACCAAAGGAUGAUGAAGAACGCUGAUUUUAGUUUCAUAUAUUUGAGUACGUCUUUAAACCAAACGCACCUGGAUGUGUACAGCUUGCCACUCGUUUUCACUUUCACAGGGGGACAAUUUGCAAUGAUGUACGGAAUUAAUUUGAGUGGGUUCUAUAUGUGCUUCCAAUAAGGGGAUUAAGGUUUACACAGAUUAAUGUAUAGCUGGGAUACGCUAAAGUUUAUGUCCCAGUUUCAGAGUGAGUGAGUGAGAGGGUUUUGUUUUACGCCACACUCCUAAAUAUUCCAGCUAUAUGGCGUCGGUCUCCCACUUUCAGAAAGAGAAGGAUGGGAAGCACUAUACUUGCAUUUUCAUAGCAUAUUCACAUUCAUGUCAUCCACAGGUAUCGGAGACAAGGUGGAGUGUGAACGCUGUGGUCUGAAGCUCCUCAACUGGACGGACACAGAUGACGCUCUACACGAACAUGCCACCAGGAGGACUCACUGCCCCUUCAUCGUCUCCUUGUACUGGAAGCUGGGACAGACUCCGCCUCCAAAACAUCCCAAGUACCAAUCUCUACAGGCACGGCUAGACACCUUCGUUGACUGGCCGAGAAGAUAUGUGCCCAAAACUCCCGAGGAACUGGCAUCAGCGGGCUUCUUCUACAUCGGGUCAGCUGACCGGGUCACGUGUUUCCAGUGUGGGAUAACUCUGAGAGACUGGGAGGAAGAACAUGAUCCUGUGGCGGAACAUCAGAAGUACUCGGAACACUGUCAGUUCAUCAACAAGACAGACCUGAACCAGCUUGGAGUUGCUACGAGGACGGGUUCCACGGCGGCAAAUGACCAAGUUGGAGUGAGGACGGAUCCCAUGUCGAUGGAUGACCAAAGUACCUCCCAUACUGGUGGUCAUAGUGUUCCAGUAGCCAAUAGCUCAUCGGACGCUUGCCCAAUACAAUCAUCCUCCAUGGUCAAGUCAGCCCAAGGUCAAGUCAGCCUAAUGGUCAGCAGUCAUGUGUCUUGUCAUUCUAUAGAAGAGGGUUCCUCUACAACAUCUAACCUUCAAUCAGCGCCCCUGGAAUGUGCAUCCAAGGGUGAGGCCGAACCUCCCCCAGUUUCUGAUUCCAUAGAUACACUGGGAUCUGAGCCAGGGCAACAGAGCUCACAACGGCUGGUUGUCGAAAACAAACGUCUCCGUGAAAAAAGUACGUGCAGGGUGUGUCGGAACGAAGCUGUUUGUGUACUCUUUCUGCCCUGUGGUCAUUUGGUCACCUGCUCAAGGUGCGCGCCUACGAUAGCAGAUUGUAUCGUCUGUAGCAAAACCAUAUUUGGAACAGUCAAAACUUUUUUUUCAUGAUAUCUUAACACUUUCCCAGCGAAUCAAACUUAGAUAUAAAAUAUAUGUUAUCAAGUGUGUGUUCAACUGUUUGUCAUUUUUUCCGGGUAAAAAUGACCUUUUCAUUCACUAAACAAUGGCAAUGCUAUGUAUACCAAUAGAUGCAUCAGGAAGUUGUGUGACUCAGUAAAAUGCAUUACGGCCAAACAAAA